CAACCACGAAGUCUCCUCCAACAUCCCUACCCCUACAGCGACAACGGCCAUGCCCUCCUAUACCUUCUCCGACGACGCGUACCUCAAGCUCUUCUUCCACUGCGCGAAGUACCCCCACCGCGCCGUCAACGGCGUCCUCCUGGGCACCGAGGCCGGCGACGAGGUCCAGAUCACGGACGCGGUGCCGCUGCUGCACCACUGGACGCAUCUGAGCCCGAUGAUGGAGAUUGGGUUGGAUUUGGCAGCAACGUACGCGGCAUCUGUGGGUAUGAAGCUCGUUGGGUAUUACCAGGCCUGUGAGCGAUUAGACGACACGGCGCUCACGCCCGUGGGGGAGAAGGUGGCGAGGAGGAUUAGGGAUUCGUUCGCUAAUGCGGCAGCGUUCGUGAUCGACGGCGAGCAGAUUGGGACGGGAAGUGCGGCGUUGGUGCCCUACACCUUCAACACCAGCACAUCUUCCUGGACACGAAGCUCUUCAUCCUUCACAGAGGGCUCACCCUACCGCCUAACCUCCACGGACAUCCCCCUCCGCGCCGUCAAGCUCGUCCGGCAGGAGCAGCGGGAGAAGAAGUUCGGCGACUUUGACGAUCAUCUGGAGGAUGUGACGAUAGAUUGGCUACGGAACAAGGCCUGCUUAAGCUCGUGAACAUGAAUGAUACCCACUAUUGCUACACUUCAUCCUGCCCUUACAAGCCGUGGGGGCCAAUGCGCGCAAUCUCUUCAGACUGCAAGUCCAUGAUGGUAAACAAACUGAUCUCAAGGCCACCGUCACACAAAGCAAGAUGAGGACGAGGGCGCUGCACAGCAGCCCAAUCUAGUGAUCAUUAUGAACGAAGCAAGGGCGAGAGCAGCAGGGGGAAUAGUGAACAAACACGAGGGGAAAGAGUAAACGAACACGAGGGGAAACAGUCAACAAAUACGAUGGGAAACAGUAAACGAGCACGAGAGGAACCAGUCAACUUCAAGCACGAGAAGGAACAACCGAUAGGUAAGAAACACGAGAGAGAAAGAGACACCACAACGAUGUAAGUAAAAAUACAACCAAAGGUAUCGCAGGCGUUAUUCGCCCAGUAUCACCAGCGCCCCGCAUUAUCGGUGGUGCAGUUCCGAGUC